AUGUUCACCAGGCACUUCUGGGUGGUUCUUUAUCUCCUAUGGGCAGGACCCCUGGAUGCCCGAAUCACCCAGAGUCCAAGAUAUAAGGUCACACAGACAGAAAAGGAAGUGAUCAUAAAGUGUCACCAGACUGAUAACCAUGACUAUAUGUACUGGUAUCGCCAAGACCUGGGUCAUGGGCUGAAGCUGAUUUAUUACUCAUAUGGUGUUGACAACAUUGAUAAAGGAGAUGUCCCUGAUGGGUACAGUGUCAAGAGAUCAAACACAGAGAACUUCCCCCUCACGCUGCAGUCCGCUACUACCUCCCAGACAUCUGUGUACUUCUGUGCCAGCAGUGAAUCCACAGCACUACAUAGCUGCCUCUUCUCUGCACAAAAAGGAUGGUUAGAAAACUUGAGGUUGCACUCUGAGGCUUGGCUAAACCCUAGGAAGUUACUGCCAGCCUGGGGACAUCAUGGCAUCAUGGCAUCAUGGCCCUCAGGGCUGAAGUACAUCCCUAGGUCAGCCUCAGCCUGA